AUGCCGAUCCCACGGCCCUCUUUCGCAUCGCACCGAUCGCGCAGUUACGACGCAGAUGCGAAGACAUUCGAGCGGCCGGGCAUGAGAUGUCUCGGCACACGAAGCCUGCAGAGCAACGCAUGUAAAGACAGAGACGGCCACUCCGCAUCGCGAGACAAGCUUUCUCCACUCGCUCCGACGUUUGGACCCCGCAAAGGCAUCGUUCCGUCAGGCACCGUCGAUCGUAGACGCCGUGUACCCCGCUACCUACCGUUCGUGGAUCAGCGUCUUCUAGUCACGCAUGGGAUUCGGGUUAUCGAGCCGCACUCGGUGCCGGUGCGUGAUGCAAAGCAAGUUGUACCUGCAGCGAUAGUCAUAUCCGGGGACGAAGACCGGAGGGUGGUGUGGGAGCCUGGGCGGGAUUAUGUGGAGGUGGAUCCUACUUUUUGCGCAGAGAAUCUUGAAGAGGCUGUAGAAGAGGUCGGCGUGUAG